AUGGACGCUGAAGGUGGACGCGUGACGAAAAGAAUCGAGACACAGGGAGACAGCAACGGCGAGAGCGCGGUGGAACGUAAAGGCAUCGCGGGAAAAGAAGCCUCUGAAAAGGAAAGGAAGAUUCCACAUUCGGCGGGGGAGCGAAGCGAGUGGCACAGAGUCAGCGAGGGAAUGACGCACGAGGACGACGAACGGCGGGAAGACUCGCCUCGAUCUCAGAAUGCAGAACUAGAGGUCGGUCUGAACAUCGGAGUAAACGACGUGACUGCGAGUGAGGCGAAAGACAGAGAUGAACAAGAGCUCCCGACAGGCGAAAAUGUUUCACAAAGGCAGGCAAAGCAGACUGACGUACUCGUGAUGGGCGAUGGAGAGAAAGACCAAGGUGGACUGUGCUUCGUGUCGCCAGAAGUAAAACAGAACGAUCGCCCAUCGUCCUUCGAAAAUGUCCUUGGCGCGGACUGCGAACGCGGCCUAGAGAAAAAUGGCUUCCUUGAUGACUCGAUCAUUGACUUUUUCCUGCGUUCCAUCACGAAGCAUGUCAUGACCGAUCAACAGAGGUUGGACUACUCCGUUUUCGACUUGUUUUUUCUUCCUUCUUUGUCCAAGUUCGGAGAUGAUCACGAAGGGGCCCACAAGCACCUCACGAAGUGGCUCAAGCAUGAGCGCGUGGCGCUACCUCUCAAGCGCGUGGUGUUCAUGCCCAUAAAUCACUCGAAUCUUCACUGGUUGCUCGGCGUGGAGAUCAGUCCGCUCGCCGUCAUCAACCCGCUGUCUCCGCUACAGUUCCUACUCAAGAGUGCCGCCCAGAACACCUCCGAGACGACUGCGUCGCAGUCGCCCUCGUCGCCGCAGCAGGCAGGAGGACGCCGAGUCGCUGCGGGGAUCGACCAGGAGACAGCCACGACACAGCAACAAGAGGGACUCCUCCGCGCCUUGCAGAGCGCGCCAAAGAGAGGCGUCCUGACGGCCAGCACCGUGCACGAACGCGCGGCUGGCUCGCCCGACGGGCUGGCGCCGCCCCCCGUUUUACGAACAGAAGGCGGGUUCUUUGUGAAGACGAGCAAGAAACAGUGA